CUUUUCUUUUAUUAAAAUAUUUUCUUUUUCUUCUUAACUUUAUUAGUUUAUUUUAUUUUAUGACAACUGCAACUGGAACUAGAGUCUUCUUUGUAGAGUCUACUGCUCAUUGGGAAGCUCUUCAACGUGAAAGGGCUCAGUUUCAUACUACAACAAUAUCACCAGAACCUAUUCAGCAAUAUAAAAAAACAAAACAUACAUCAUCAAGACAAUCACCAUCUCAAACUAAUCGUCCUAUUCUUCUUGGGAAAGAAGGUAGUCGCCGUAGGAAACGUUGGGAAAACAAUAAUUUGAAGGAUAAUCCAUUAGCUGUACUCUACACAGAAGAUCUCAAACCUCCUGGACACCAACAAAACUCAUCACCAAACACCAAGUACCUUGAAUGGCAAUCUUUACCAGAAAAUAUGAAAGAAGAUAUGGAAAUGAUAAAAUAUCAAGAUAAUACUAAAGAUGACAACAAGACAACACUACCUUCUUUGACUCGUCAAAUGCGAAUUGGCUUGAAAAAGCAUCAUAUACCAGAAGGUUGGAUUACUUUUUACGAACAACAACUUUUACAAUUCUUAUCACAACAACGACAAUAUCAUCAAGAACAAGAUGUCACAUUAUUAAAAAACAACAACAAUAAUACUUUAAUUUGGGAAAUAGAUGACAGUUAUUUACGGUUUAUUGGACACGCCAUUUGCCGUUAUUACAAUGUGAAUUCAUACACUGAAACAACUUUAGAUGGACGAAAAAUCACAUUUGUAGAAUGUUUAGAUAUAGAUCAGUUACACACGCCUUCCAUCUCAUUUUUUGACUAUAUAAAGAAUAAAUAGAUACGCCUCAUUACAUAUCCAUCUUCCUGACAUAUUUAUUUAUCUUGAUCCGACAUUCUUUCCUUUUUUUUUUCUUUUUUCUUUUUUUUUCUUUUACUUUUUUUUUAUCCACUGUUUAGUCUU